AGUGAUGGGCGGUGAAGAUGGCGGCGGAGCGGAGUCGCUUCCCGAUGGACUCGCCGGUCCCUGCCUCUAUGUUCGCCCCCGAGCCCAGCUCUCCGGGGGCAGCCAGGGCCGCGGCGGCUGCCGCCCGGCUCCACAGCGGCUUCGACUCGGACUGCAGCGAGGACGGCGAGGCGCUCAACGGCGAACCGGAGCUGGACCUCACCAGCAAGCUGGUUCUAGUGAGCCCUACAUCAGAGCAGUAUGACAGCCUACUUCGGCAAAUGUGGGAGAGGAUGGACGAGGGAUGCGGAGAGACCAUAUAUGUCAUUGGGCAGGGAUCAGAUGGGACUGAGUACGGGCUGAGCGAAGCUGACAUGGAGGCCUCCUAUGCCACAGUGAAGAGCAUGGCAGAACAAAUAGAGGCCGAUGUCAUCCUCCUCCGGGAACGUCAAGAAGCUGGGGGCCGUGUGCGCGAUUACCUGGUCCGGAAACGAGUAGGAGACAAUGACUUCCUGGAAGUCAGGGUAGCGGUAGUGGGCAACGUGGAUGCCGGCAAAAGCACGCUUCUGGGGGUCCUGACCCACGGGGAGCUGGACAAUGGCCGAGGCUUCGCCCGCCAGAAACUCUUCCGCCACAAACAUGAGAUUGAAUCUGGUCGCACCAGCAGUGUGGGCAACGACAUUCUGGGCUUUGACAGUGAAGGCAAUGUGGUAAACAAGCCAGACAGCCAUGGUGGCAGCCUGGAGUGGACAAAGAUCUGUGAGAAAUCCACUAAGGUGAUUACUUUCAUCGACUUGGCCGGCCAUGAGAAGUACCUGAAGACCACUGUCUUUGGCAUGACCGGCCAUUUGCCUGACUUCUGCAUGCUCAUGGUGGGCAGCAAUGCUGGCAUCGUGGGGAUGACAAAGGAGCACCUGGGCUUGGCAUUGGCACUCAAUGUGCCUGUCUUUGUGGUGGUCACCAAGAUUGACAUGUGUCCUGCCAACAUCCUGCAAGAAACCCUGAAGCUGUUACAGCGCCUGCUGAAGUCGCCUGGCUGCCGCAAGAUCCCUGUGUUGGUGCAGAGCAAGGAUGAUGUGAUUGUUACAGCCUCCAACUUCAGCUCUGAGAGGAUGUGCCCGAUAUUCCAAAUCUCCAACGUUACAGGCGAGAACCUAGAUCUGCUGAAGAUGUUCCUCAACCUGCUCUCCCCUCGUACCAGUUACCGGGAGGAAGAGCCUGCUGAGUUUCAGAUUGACGACACCUACUCUGUCCCGGGUGUGGGAACAGUGGUGUCGGGGACAACACUGAGGGGCCUGAUCAAGCUGAAUGACACGCUGCUGCUGGGCCCAGAUCCUUUGGGUAACUUCCUGUCCAUUGCUGUCAAAUCGAUCCAUCGCAAGCGCAUGCCUGUCAAGGAGGUGCGGGGGGGCCAGACGGCCUCCUUCGCACUGAAGAAGAUCAAGCGCUCGUCCAUCCGGAAGGGCAUGGUGAUGGUUUCUCCACGCUUGAAUCCCCAAGCAUCCUGGGAGUUCGAGGCCGAGAUCCUCGUCCUUCACCACCCCACCACAAUCAGCCCGCGGUACCAGGCCAUGGUGCACUGUGGGAGCAUCAGGCAGACAGCCACCAUCCUGAGCAUGGACAAGGACUGUCUGCGCACCGGGGACAAGGCCACCGUGCAUUUCCGCUUUAUCAAGACCCCCGAGUACCUGCACAUAGACCAGCGGCUGGUGUUCCGGGAAGGCCGCACCAAGGCUGUAGGCACCAUCACUAAGCUCCUCCAGACCACCAACAAUUCCCCAAUGAACUCCAAGCCCCAGCAGAUUAAAAUGCAAUCGACGAAAAAGGGUCCCCUGCCCAAACGAGAAGAGGGAGGUCCCUCUGGAGGGCCAGCAGUAGGGGCACCCCCAACUGGAGAUGAAGCUUGCUCUCUAGCGGCUGCGCAGCCAGCUGCAUCCGGCAGUCUCCAGCCACAGCCCAAGCCCGGCAGCGGGGGCCGGCGACGGGGGGGCCAGCGGCACAAGGUGAAGUCCCAGGGGGCCUGCAUGACUCCCGCCAGCGGCUGCUGAACCUCCCCCAGCCCGCCUCCACCACCCAAGGGAUCCUCGUUCUCUGGCCAUCACUCCACCAGAUGGGCCAGAGCAACUCUGACCACCGCUCGCCCUCCCCCAGGCCGCACCCGGAGCCUCGUCAUUCCCCCCACCCCCGUUUUCCAGGGGGGUUGUAAUUUAUAAGCUGAGGAAGGUGGCCAGACUUCUGGAGGACUGACCAUCUCCAACCCUCUUCCCCGCCUUCUUCCUCACUCACACCUUUUUUGUACAUCUGGGCCCUUAGUUUUUAUUCUUUUUAUUAUCUAUCUGUCUAUCUGUCUAUCUAUCUAUCUAUCUGUCUAGUGUGCGUGUGUGUGUGUGGGGGGGGGGUGUGUGUGG